UCCUUUAAUGAUUAGCAAAAAGAGGCUUCUUCCUGGUCAGGCCCCCAGCGACGGCUGUCAGAGCGCGAAGUCAGCAGCAGUCAGAGCGAAGUAAAAUGGCGGCGCUUAGCCCCCGGUUGCGAACGGCGCUGUGCGUUGCUCUCCUGUUGUUGUGCGCAGUGACAGUCGUCCUCUUGGUCGUGCUGCUUGCUCGAGCUUACUCCAUGAAGCCUGCUGUGCCAGCUCCUGAGAUCUGGGAUCGGGAGGGGGAGCGGCGCGUAGAGGCUGCGUUUAGCCCCCAGGAGCGACGGGACCUUAAAGAGGCACUGAAAGGUGCCAUCAGGUUGCAAACAGUUUCCUUCGGGCCAGAUGACCAGAAUACAACAGCCCUGGCAGAGUUUGGGCCUUAUAUCCGUAAAGUCUUCCCUGCAGUGUUCUCUGCCCCAUUCAUUCAACAUGAAGUUAUUGGGGGAUACAGCCACCUAUUCACUAUCCAGGGCUCCAACCCUCAGCUGCAGCCCUACAUGCUGAUUGCACACAUAGAUGUAGUUCCGGCUUCCCCAACAGGAUGGGAUGUGGAUGACCCUUUCUCUGCUGAGGAACGUGAUGGGUUUAUCUACGGACGAGGAACGCUGGAUAACAAAAAUUCCGUUAUGGGGAUUCUGCAGGCUCUAGAGUUCUUACUGAGACGAAAUUAUAGGCCUCGCAGGUCUUUCUAUAUUGGCCUUGGGCAUGAUGAAGAGGUGGAUGGUCAAAAAGGAGCAGUGAAGAUUGCAGCUGAGCUGGAAUCUAGAGGAGUGAAACUUUCUUUCUUGCUUGAUGAGGGAAUGUUCAUUUUAGAUGGGGUCGUAACAGGACUAAAGAAACCUGCAGCUAUAAUAGCUGUCACAGAAAAGGGUGCAAUUACAGCAGAUCUCAGUGUGACGAUGGUGCCAGGCCAUUCUUCUGCACCACCUAAGAGGACGAGUAUUGGUAUUCUCUCUGAAGCACUAUCCAGGCUGGAGCAGCAACCCAUGCCGAAUUUGUUUGGUAAGGGCCCUGAAAUCAUGAUGUUUGAACAAUUGGCCCCCGAGUUCAGCUUCCCUCUCAACAUCAUCAUGGCAAAUCUGUGGCUGUUUGGACCACUUGUCAGCAGAGUUCUUGAGCAAACACCUACCACUAAUGCCAUGGUUCGGACCACCACUGCCAUCACCAUGUUUCGUGCAGGAGUCAAGUCUAAUGUUAUUCCACCAUCUGCAACUGCAACCGUGAAUUUUCGAAUCCAUCCUGCACAAACAGUUGCUGAGGUCCUGGAAAUAGUAGAGAAAACGAUUGAUGAUAAGAGAGUGAAGAUAGAAGCAGAGAGUGCCUUUGAUCCGCUCCCGGUUAGCCCUUGGGACAACCAGACCUUCGGACUGCGGGUUUUCCGCCAGACCCUUCUGGAUGUUUUCCCAGAUGUUGGCAGCAUGGCUCCAGGCAUUUGUAUUGGAAACACUGACAGCAGGCAUUUCACCAACCUCACAAAUGCCAUUUAUCGAUUUAACCCAGUGGUCUUUAAACCUGAUGAUAUGGCAAGGUUCCACGGGUUGAAUGAAAGGAUCUCUGUUGAAAGUUUUGAAAAGCAAGUGGAGUUUCUCUUCCAGCUGAUUCAAAAUUCUGAUAUUGACCUGUCUCCAGAGCCUCAUGUGAAUUUUCACGAGCUGUAAGAACAAGUGGGAAGGCUUGUGGGUUUUGUGAGGGACUGAAAAUAUUCAAAGAAGCUGUGUUCCACGUUAUUCUCUGUUCUGGAACUGAGUUAUUAGGAAUGAUGACUUACAUACAGAUUUAAAGAAACGACACUGGAGCAUUGCACUGCAUACUAUUAUGAAACGUAUUAAAAACUAAAAGUAGAACAAAUCAUUUCAGACUGAAACAAAAGCAUUAAGCUCCAUGCUGUGUUGUACCUUGCAGCCACCGCAGCCCUGAGAAUCUUAAUACUUACCAUGCAGAACAGCAAAGUGUACAAAAGACCCUUAAACUGUUCUCUUAAGAGGAGGGGAGUGCAGUUUUUCAUAAAGCUGGUCUUCCAAAACCUACAGGAGCUGUUCUGUUGUAUGCUGAUGGCAACAGGUAAUUGGCUGUAUCUGGUGCCAGCCCUUCAGUAUUAAUCGCCUGAAGUGUGAGCUACUGCACUAGUUUCUUUCUAUGUUCCAAUCUGCUAGAAUGGCAGCAAACCAGAUUUCACUCCUGCCAAGCACAUAUUUUCUGGCUGCUAUAUGCUUGCUGUGAUUUAAUUUCCAGCAUUACAGUGCAUCUUUAUACCUAAAUAAUUAAUGUGGCUUUAAGUUAAAACACGACUAAAUUUGGUAGAAAUAUUUCUGCUAUACUCUCUCUCACUCAAAAAAAAGCUCAAGUAGCUUUACAGCUAGGCUUGUGUUAAAUGUGUAUAAAAUAUUGGUGGGUGGAGAGAUUUAAAGUACAGUAUAAGCAAGUGGGAGGGGAGAGUCAAACUUUCCACCUGUGCACAUUUUCUUCCUUCUGAUUUCUCCUAUUAAGAGGGUGACUUCUGGUGCCUGAACUUCUCCAGAAGAAAAAUAGCUGCUAUAAGCAGUAUGGGGUCUUUUCCAAAACCCUGCUCUUUCUAUGGUAACUUGAGCUGCCUGGGAACCCAACAGUUCCUAAACUAAAGCAGUAUUGUGAAGGGGGGGGGGGGUUAACUAUGAAAAAAUAAUUUUACUAAUUUCUGCUUGCGCUGGUUAACGAAGGUGCUAGUUGGCUAUUUUUAUGCUUGAAAAAGAUUGCUGUUCCUUAGAAUCUGGUGGGGUCUUGUUGUUGGAAUGUAAGACAUGUAAACUGUAGCAUCUGAUUGAAUUCCCUGGAUCCCCCCCAUUCACCAGAUUGGUUUAUACGGAGAGCCUUCUUUACAUGCUCUCUACUUUCACUAUUCUUUAAGGGGAUUUUUUUUUUCUUGGAUACACUGUCAGUUCCCUCUUCCUUCAGUGGAAAUACACUUGAUUAAGGGGGGGGAAAUGCUACCCACGUGGAAUUUGCUUGCUCAUAGAAGCCGCCGAGCUAUGUCUUUGCUGCUGCUAUUGCCUUGUGCCAUUCAGCUGUGUCUCUUCCCUUUACAACCACCAGGGGACAUGCUGCAGUAGACAUUCCUCAAAAUAUUUUGUCCCCGUUUUCUAUUUGCUGAACCUUGUCAAAAGAAGCUUGAUUAAAGACAGGGAACCUACAUUUGCUGGGGGAGGGGGACUGCAUAUAUUUUAAUAUCUUGUUUGCUGCUUAGUUCUUCAGUGGUGUUUAAAUAUGUUUGGGCACUUGAAUCAUCCACUUAAAUAUAAAAAUGUUAUCCCUUAGUAUUCCUAGUUAAAUUAAGCCUGGAGCUCCAGAAAAUUAUAACACUGUGAUUCCUAGGGUCCGUUUCAUGCCAUCUUGUA